AUGGCGAAUCUCGAAAAUUCAAUUCCCCCAGCCCUUGUUGGUGCUCAAGGAGACCCCGAGCCAGCGCAGCUGGAGAAGACAACUUUCAACUUCCCAGAAGGAGGAUUACGAGCGUCGUUCGUGGUGUUAGGAGCCUUCUGUGUGUCGUUUUCCACAUACGGAUACAUGAACGCCUAUGGUAUCUACCAAGCUUACUAUGCUGGUCACUUCCUCUCCGACAAAUCUGCUUCUGCCAUCUCCUGGAUCGGCUCUGUGCAGCUUUGCUUUCUUUUCUCCGGGAGUCUUGUCGGCGGGCCAUUGUUCGAUCGGUACGGGGCUUCCAUCCUUCGUGUUCCCGCCAUUGCGCUCGUUGUCUCGGUCAUGAUGACUUCUUUGUGCAAAAAGUACUAUCAAUUCAUGCUUGCUCAAGGAAUACUCGGUGGCAUCACAUCAGGGAUCUUAUUCGCCCCAGUUAUGACCUGCGUGAGUCAUUAUUUCCACAAGCGACGUGCAGCAGCACUGGGGGUGACCGUCUGCGGCUCGUCCCUCGGGGGCGUAAUCUUCCCGAUUGCCUUGAGCCGGAUGCUCCGCAAUGAGUCUCUCGGCUUCGGCUGGUCGGUCCGCAUCAUCGGGUUCCUCAUCCUGUUCAUGGUCUUAAUCUCCCUCGCGACAAUCAAGGAACGGCUCCCUCCCCGCCGUGGCGCCAUUCUGCUCCCCUCGGCCUUCACCAACCGCCCUUACACUCUGACCACCCUAGGCCUGUUCUUCAUGAUGUGGGGUCUAUUCACUCCAUUCUUUUACCUCCCUCAGUACGCACAGCUCCACGGGAUGUCGGCGUCACUAUCGUCUUACCUGAUUGCCAUUCUCAACGCCGCGUCCGCGUGUGGGAGGGUCCUCCCCGGUCUGCUAGCAGACAAGCUGGGCCGGUUCAACAUCCUCAUUGUGAUUGGCACCUGCACUGGGAUCCUGCUUCUGUGCUGGAUUGCCGUAUCCUCGCAUGCUUCGAUCGUGGUGUUUGCGGGUCUUUAUGGUUUCUUUUCUGGCGGUAUUGUGUCUUUGAUGUCCCCAUGUAUUGGGCAGGUCACUCCGGUGGCGAACCAGAUCGGGACGUAUCUCGGUAUGGCUCUGGCCGUUUUAAGCCUGGCAGGCUUGACCGGGACUCCAAUAUGUGGCGCGUUAAUCCAGCGAUAUGGAGCAUAUACCCAGGCUGCGCUCUUUAGUGGGGUGGUGGUUUUAGUUGGUGUGGUUUUUAUUGUUCUAGCACGGUUCCAUCAAGGAACGAGGAUUGUGGGUAAGGUUUGA